CGGGCCGCGGAGCUACAGCCGCACGCAGGAGGGGAUGCAGCAGCCGAUGCAACAGGCCACAGAAGACAACUAAAGCCCAGGCUGUGUUCUUCGGCCGCAGCCUCGCUCCUCGGCCGACACAGCGGGCUUCGCUCGGUCCUGAGCGAGAACCCCUCUUGCAUCCCCCCGUCCCGAGUUGGAUCUCGCCGCGCCUUCCGGUGCGCUUUCCGGUCCACUUCUCGAGGCAGGAAGUGCCGGGCGCCGCCACUGUAGUACCACAGCCGAGCGAUCGUCGCCGUCGCUCGUCGUCUCGCGCAGGGCAGACCGGGCUCUGGUGUCUGGCGGCGAAUUAAAUAGCCACCAUGUCGAGCAAAAAGGCAAAGACCAAGACCACCAAGAAGCGUCCCCAGCGCGCAACAUCCAACGUGUUCGCCAUGUUUGACCAGUCACAGAUUCAGGAAUUCAAAGAGGCCUUCAACAUGAUUGAUCAGAACAGAGAUGGUUUCAUUGACAAGGAAGAUUUGCAUGAUAUGCUUGCUUCUCUAGGGAAGAAUCCAACCGAUGCAUACCUUGAUGCCAUGAUGAAUGAGGCUCCGGGGCCCAUAAAUUUCACCAUGUUCCUUACGAUGUUUGGUGAGAAAUUAAACGGCACAGAUCCGGAAGAUGUCAUCAGAAAUGCUUUUGCUUGCUUUGAUGAAGAAGCAACUGGCACCAUCCAGGAAGACUACCUGAGAGAGCUGCUGACAACGAUGGGAGACCGGUUUACGGAUGAAGAGGUGGACGAGCUGUACAGAGAAGCGCCUAUCGACAAAAAGGGGAAUUUCAAUUACAUCGAGUUCACGCGCAUCCUUAAACAUGGAGCAAAAGACAAAGAUGAUUGAAAGAACUUCAGCUAAAACCUUCCAAUUGCUUUGUCUUCCUCUGUUUUAUCUCCCAGACACUGUCCCCCUCACCCGCAUAGACCUGUUGCAUGCAACUUAGUUUCACGGCUUUGCCUCUUUUUUUGAUGUAUUUAUUCUAGACCUUUCUGCCAUUUAGCACUUGUAUAAUCAGACUGCAAAUGGGGUUGAGGUUGUAAAUUGUUCUGAAAAAGAGAUUGCGAAUAAAAAUCAACAAAUGUGAAAGCCCAGGAAAAUAUAUCCGGUAUUUCUGGUUUUGCUGGAUUUUUACAUUUUUAUAUAAUAAAACACUAUUUUGAAAUAAA